GCAAUGGAAAAGAUGCAGUUAUUUUUGGUAUCAAUGGAUGACGAAGAAUCUCGCACACUCUUUAUGCAGCGAAUGCUAGCGCUCAUUGUACUGAAAGUGAUGAGCAAAAGGCGCAUCUUACCACCAUCGGCCUUUCGGGAUACUGUCAUUGAUGGGGUGGAGUGUCCAAUGCUUUCGUACAAAGUGGAUGUCUGCGAAGCGCUUGACUUCUCAAUUACCGGCGCAAAUCAUGCACUCGCUAAGCAUUAUCCCAACAGAUGGAAGCACGAAGAAGAGAACAGAGCGAUACCGCUUGGCUUACUUCAGUACAGCUGGCAAGGAUAA